ACCAACGAGAGACACAGCCGCAAGAACGCCCGCACGAGUGCGAGCAAACACACGUACGAGCGUUGUUCGAAUCAGAGCAGAUCAGGGAGACAGGGGGCGCAGCAGCGCGCGGCGAUGGCGCAGGAGAGCCUGAGGCUGGUGUCGCACCCGAUCGCGGCGCACGACGGGCGGCUGCCGCGGCACUAUACGCUGGAGGGGCAGGGCGCGAAGAAGGACAUCUCGCCGCCGCUGGAGUGGUACAGGGUGCCCGACGGGGCGCGGUCGCUGGCGCUCGUCGUGCAGGACAUCGACGCGCCCGACCCGGAGGGCCCCAUCGUGCCGUGGACGCACUGGGUCGUCGCCAACAUCCCGCCCUCCGUCAAGGGCCUUCCCGAGGGUUUCUCCGGCAAGGAGGGCGCCUCCGGCCGCGAGUUCGGCGGCAUCCAGGAGGGCGUCAACGACUGGAAGCAGCCCGGCUGGCGCGGCCCCAUCCCGCCCUCCCGCGGCCACCGCAUCCAGUUCAAGCUCUACGCCCUCGACGACGAGGUGCGCCUCGGCAACAAGGUGACCAAGGACAAGCUCAUGGAUGCCAUCCAGGGGCACGUCCUUGGAGAAGCCGAGCUCACGGCCGUCUUCUAGACGCGAGCUCUCUGCAUUCUGACACCCCCGUGACAAGCGUGUGUUUUGCAGAGCUAGUACCAUCUGAAAACUUGUAAGUUUGAUCCAAUAAAACCGAGUCACAUGGGUUCUUGUUGUAUU